UUUAGGAUUAUUUUAUAUAGAUAGGUAGGGAGGUAAAUAGUCAGGGAGGUAAGAUAGGAUUACACAAUAUGUCAAAACGACGUCACCUUAUCUUCUAAGUGUUUGCUUUUAUUCUGUAAUUCUGCAGCUAGGGACAGAAGCACCCAGGGCAGAAGAAAAUAAAGCUCCUGGACUGUUUUGGGUUUGUAGUUUGUUUGUUUGUUUGUUUUUGGUCUGUCUUUUCUGUUAACAGCAGCAAUCUAGACUCUUCUCGGUUUUCCUGAGCGCGCAAGAGCAGAGCGCCUGUAGGGCCUGUUCAAUGUCCCCCUCCGCACGCGCGCUUCCAUCCUCGGGUGGAAGUCGCCCGCUGCAGUCCGCGCUGUCUUCUGUGUGACUGCACGCGCAUAAGUGGCGGCUGCUUGGCGCCCCCCCCCCCUUUCUCUCCGGUUGCCCAUACUCCGCUGCCGUUUCCUCCCCCUUCUCUGUGCCCUGCUCAAGGACGAAGCGGGCUGCCCACUCGGCCUCCGCUCGCCUGUGGCACCCGUCUCCCAUACGACAGAGUCGACGAAGCGACGAAAGAAGCGCGUCUUUCCCUCUUGGCUGGAAGCUGCCGCAGCAAGCUGAAGAUUGGAGAGAGCAAAGAGAGAGCGGUGGGGCAGCGGCGCGGGAGAUGAAGUGAGAAAAUAUCCUUAUAACCUUUUGCGCCGAUAUGGAAUCAAUUUCUAUGAUGGGAAGUCCUAAAGUCUUAAAUGAAUCUUUCUUACCAAAUGGCAGAAAUUACAUCAAAGACACCAGUAAGCUUACAGUUGGCAUAAUUGGAAGUGGGGACUUCGCUAAAUCCUUGACAACUAGGCUUAUCAGAUGUGGGUUUCAUGUGGUAAUAGGAAGCAGAAACCCUAAAUUUGUGACGGAAUUCUUUCCCCAUGUUGUUGAUGUCACUCAUCAUGAAGAUGCUAUCGCAAAAGCAAACAUAAUUUUUAUCGCUAUACGCAGAGAACACUAUGCAGCUUUGUGGGACCUCAAGCAUCUUCUUGUUGGUAAAAUCCUUGUAGAUGUCAGCAACAACAUGAAAAUUAACCAAUAUCCAGAAUCCAAUGCAGAAUACCUGGCAUCCCUUUUUCCAGAUUCCUUUGUUGUUAAAGGGUUCAAUGUUAUUUCAGCAUGGGCAUUACAAGUAGGACCAAAAGAUGCAAGCAGACAGGUUUACAUAUGCAGUAACAGCAUUCAAGCUCGACAUCAAGUUAUUGAACUUGCUCGUCAGCUCAAUUUUAUUCCUAUUGAUUUGGGCACUUUAUCAUCGGCAAGAGAAAUUGAAAAUUUACCUCUUCGAUUGUUCACACUCUGGAAAGGACCAGUCAUAGUGGCUGUUGGCCUAGCCACCUUCUUUUUUAUCUAUUCCUUUAUUAGAGAUGUAAUACAUCCUUACGUGAGAAAUCAUCAGAGUGAUUUUUAUAAGAUUCCUAUUGAGAUUGUGAACAAGACAUUGCCAGUUGUUGCAAUUACUUUAUUAUCUCUAGUGUAUUUAUCAGGGCUCCUGGCAGCUGCUUAUCAACUUUAUUAUGGUACUAAAUACAGAUUGUUUCCAUCUUGGUUAGAGAACUGGCUGCAGUGUAGAAAACAGCUUGGGUUACUUAGUUUUUUCUUUGCAACAGUUCAUGUUGUUUACAGCCUUUGCUUGCCUAUGAGGAGGUCAGAACGAUACCUAUUUUUAAAUACAGCUUAUCAACAGGUCCAUGAAAAUAUUGAAAAUUCCUGGAAUGAGGAAGAAGUAUGGCGAAUUGAAAUGUACGUCUCUUUUGGAAUAAUGAGCCUUGGGCUGCUUUCUUUGUUGGCUGUGACUUCCAUUCCAUCAGUAAACAGAUCAUUAAACUGGAGGGAAUUCAGUUUUAUUCAGUCUACACUUGGAUACGUCGCUCUUCUCAUAAGCACUUUCCAUGUAUUAAUUUAUGGAUGGAAAAGAGCCUUUGAAGAAGAAUGCUACAGAUUUUACACACCACCAAAUUUUGUUCUUGCACUUGUCUUGCCUUGUGUGGUAAUUCUGGGUAAGAUAAUUUUGCUUCUACCGUGUAUAAAUAGGAAACUGAGAAAGAUUAGAAGAGGAUCGGAAAAAAGACAAUUUACACAAGAUGGAAAUGGAUCUGAUUCAUAUCCCUCACCAGAAAGAAUUACAAUCAUGUGAUCAUACAAUGAAAAUAUUACCACAAUGUUUGUCCCUUUAAAUGUCUGUAUUUAAUACUGUAUAGGUUUUAUUUUAAACUGAAAUAUCUCAGGCAUUAAGUGAUAUUAUCAGAAUAUAAGCAAUACAGGUGAAAGCAGACAUUGCAUUUUCAGCAUAAUAGAUAAGAAUGAAUAUAUUUUGAAGGAUUUGAUUUGUGGCAAACUUAAGCAACUUCUGCCAUUCCAAGAUUACAGAUUUAAACAAAUGUAACAGAUAACAAGUUCCAUUGAAUUUCAGUAAACUUUACUCAGAAUAAAUCUCUUUCGGGUGGAUUUGCUUGCAAUCUAUUAGAUGUAGCUUCAGUUAGCAUACAAGACUCAAUAAAGGGGCCUCAGAGCCACAACCACACUCAUACAGUCCUCUAAAAGUUGUCAGCAAGUUGGAAUUACUCUUCAGAUUUUUAAUACUAUUAACAACAAUUCAUUUUAAAUUAAUCAAAUGUAAACCUUUUUAUUUAUUAGCUUACAAGUGAGUGUGACUCACAACAAUUAAAACAAACUGUAAAAAAUAAAUAAACAAAACAGGAUACAGCUACUCUGAAACCAUUAUUAUAAAUUCAAUAAAACAUCAAUUGCAGCUGGUUAAAAAUAAAAAUUGAAUAUCCAUUUAAUACUGCCAUUACCAAUGCUCAUGACUACUGCAGACCUCUAGGAACAAUGGCACAGCUAAGUCUUCAGGUAGUUACCAGUUCUUUAUUCUGGUCCUGCCUAUUCAUUGGGCAUGCUCUGUCAUAAAGGCCAAAUUUCUUUCUUGCUUCAAACUAACUUUAAAGCUAUUAUAGAUUUCAGCACUUCAAGAGAUAAGUCUACUAUAGCAAUUUUACCUAAUUAUUUUUCUACUUUCUGGCUUGCAUUCUUAAUGCUCUGAUUAUUAGGCUAAAGAUGAGAUACAUUUGACAUCAUUCUCUGAUAUCAUUGGACAGCUGGUAUUACUGUUCGUCUUCAGACCCCCUGAAGCGUUUUUUCCUUUGAUACAGCACUCUCUGCAGUCAAAGAUGUAGCUGAAUCUAGCCAUUAUUUAAAUUUCAUAUAGUACCCAAACCCAAUGCUAGUAAAUUAUGGAAAAUUAAAAAGUCAAGCAAUGCAACUGGGCUGGAGCACUGCGACUGGAUCCAGUUAUGGCCAUUCAAGGCCGUGUUUUUCACUUGAAGGAAAGGGCAAACAAAAGUGCAGUUACCUGCUAAAAUGAGAAAUAUAAACGUGUACAAUAUGGUGGUACUUCUACUUUGAAUCUGGGAAUUUCCUUGCCUCAAAACUGAGAAGUAUAUUUAAAAGUUUUUAUUUGAAAUUUUUAAGAAAGCCAUUAUAGAGUUAGUAUUUGUAACUGUGUUAUAGUUAAAAGCUAUUAAUUUCUUUUAAAUGUUAAAAAAAAACAAAGCAUAACUAUUGGUCCAUAAAGGAAAUGACUAGUUGAACAAUAGCUUUAUUAAGAUUCAACCAAAAAAGUGACAAUUGUUGAAUUGUCCAAGACUGUUCAGCAAGCAACAUAUACCAUAUAGGGGAUUGAAGCAGAUAGUUUUAAAAAAAGCAGGUGCUUUUGUGUUAGGUGUCUCCCCCCCCCCCCCCCAAAAAAAAAAAUAGGAUAAAUUGAGAGUCAAUAAUCUCUGUUUUGCUGGAUUCUUGGGAGUAAGUGAAGUACGAAAUGAAGGAUCUGCAAGCAAAAUGCACAUUCGGACAGCUCCAAAUACCUAACACUCUAAAUCUGACCUACACUGUGUUUUAUGCAAAUAAUAGCAGCCAUUAAUUUGUUUCUGAGUGCUAAAUUUAAUCUAACAUGCUUCAUCCACAGCUUCCAUUUUAGAUUGAUAUAAUCAGACAUCUGGUCUUGUUUUCGGCUUUUUCACUUUCCCUUUAUUGUCUUAUUGUAGGAUUUUGUUACAAUUCUGAGAAAAUUUUGUAAGCUUAAACAAUGUUAGAUAAUAUUUUGAAUUAUACCUAGCUAUGCUUUUUGAUAUCUAAAUUAGCCAGAGGAUUGCAAUUAGCAGGCAGAAUGAAACAGAACUAUGUGUGAAGCAUGUAAAUUAAAUGUAAUCAUGGCUGUUAAAACAAUAAUUAUUUCAAUUAGAAAUAUAGCAGGAAAAUAUGUAAAUAUAGACUCAAUCAUCCAGGACAAAAGCAUGUAAAAAGGUCAAAUCAUGGCAAUUGGACCAAAGUUUAUUAAAUUUAAUAAACUUUAUAAUUUAUUCAGUUUAAUAAACUUUGGACUAGUUGCCAUGAUUUAACCUUCUUACAUAGCAGGACCAAGUUAGACUUUGGAAGGCAGCCAGAAAUAUAUCCUAUACUAUGAGGAAUUUGGUAAUUUAUCAGAUUACCAAAUGUAAUCCAUAUUCUCCAUACAUACACACACAGAGAUAAUUUUUCACUCAGAACAACUGAAAUAUAACAAUUUUACUUUAUGGAAGAAUUUCACAACUUUUAUAGAUAGUUAACAAUUAAUAGUAAGGAUACUAUGAAUGUGGAACAUCUGAUUGAAAGUACAAGUUCUAACAAAUUAAUCAAAUAGGACAGAUCUAAAUCUUCCAUUUACAUCAAUAUAACAUUAGAUAUUCCUAUGUAGAGAUGCACAAGUCUAAUACUUAUUCUCUUGAUGUAUAAAUGCAGAUCACUAGAAUUCUUAAUAUACAUCUUGAUUCUGAUAUAGUGAUACAUGUAGUAGAUGGAAAAGUACCAAUUAUCUUGCCUUAACUUUCAAUAGUCAUAGGCAAUACCUCCAUACUGACUAAAACUUUUGAGUAAAGUGAAGUAUUCAAGUAUAGCGUUUGAUUAUCUUAACAUAAUUAAAAAGACUGUGUUUUGUUGGAAUACACCAAGGUACUGUUGGCUACUUGUAAUAUUUCCUGUGAUAUUAAUAGUAUAUUUUAAAUAUGCUUUGUUGUGCUUUAUUAGUGUGCUAUUUAUGAUCUUUUCAUAAAAACAGUCAGUUUCUACAAUGAAUCUGCUAAAACCAAAUUGACAUAAAUUGAUUAAUAUUAAUUCAUUUUUGAAGCUUCAGUUGUAGGUUUUUAAAACUUUCAGUAUCAGAAUCUCGAUCAUUAUUCUGUUCUUUGCUAAUAUGUUCCUUACUUCACCAGCUAGGUGUGUUCUACUAUUGCCAUUUAAAGUCAGUGAAGAUUCUCAAAACAUACAGCCAAAAUAAAUGUUAUUUGUUAAGUCUUUUAAAAAAUCUGAAGCAGCCUUCUGUACUUUUACGAUACAUCAUCUGUGCAAAUAUUUUUCUAGGGAGAGAACUAAGUAAUCAACAUUCAGUUGAACCACAAAAAAUGGGCCCUGCACAUGGAAAAACGCUAGGAAGAGGGGGGGGCGGGAAUGUAAUACAGGCAAUUGGGAAUUUUUUAUCAGAAUUGCAGUAUUGCUGGGGAAACAAGGAUUAACCUUAUUAUGCCCGUGAAUUAUCAUCACAAUUAAAUAAUGUACAUGUAGUUUCUUCUCAUCUUUUCUUAAAUGAUGCCAGAAUACCAGGUAUAUGUGAAAAAUGUAUUCAUUACUCACCAUCACUUUGUAUAUUAUAUUAAGAGUCCUCAGACAAUGGAACAUAUAUUAUUAUUUUGAAUUAUUUUCAUAUUUUACUUUAUAUUUGCAGUAUUUAAAUGCUUUUUGUAACAAUUAUUGCAUAAUAGAUAAUAAAAUGUUUAAAUAAUUUUCUAUCUUUAAAAACCAGUACUUGUUUGCUAGUAUUGAUAUGGAUGGCAAGAAUAAAAAACUCCUUUUAUUAUUGCUAUUAUACCUAUAGACUGGAAAUUCAUACAGAUUAGAGAUAGGAUUGUUUAAUUUGCUUUCUUCUGUUUUUAAUAAAGCAGGACUGAAUUCCUUAAAGCAGCAACAUCUUUUUUUAGGUUUGAGCAAUUGCUGUGCUCACAUGAUACUUAAGCACUUUUGAAUCGUUGUUGAUGGGUGCACAGCCAUAACUACUAGACUGGUACUAUGUUGCUAUGUUACUAUGUUGUAGGAAAGAGAUUAAAUAGGAAGCAGUGAUUAACAUAAUUGUAUAUGAAACAGAAAGGGCUAAACUAUUAUCAAUUAAUUUGAUUUUUGAUUUUUAAAUUAAUUUUUGAGUAUAUUAACAGUCAAAACUCUAAAAAAUUGAAGUGAAAAAAAUGGUCCCCAAAAAUUAAACAAGUCAAUUUAAAGGGAAACUUUUAAAUUCUUGUUUUUAUCAGCCUUUUCUUCCAUGAUUUUUUUUCCUUUCCUUAGCCAUGACUGACUUCUUGUAUAUGUUCUAUACUUGGUAUAAUACUAUAUACUAUAUAAUAUACUAUACCACAUUUCAGGUGGUUGUUUCAAUGCCUCUUAAAUUUCACCAUAUUUAGAAUAUUAGAUGUUAAAAUAUUUUACUCUUAUAGUUGUGCCAUAGCUGGCUUGAAUCUAGGCAACCUAUUAAUAUCAGUGGAUCAGUUUUUGACUAAGUCUCAGAUAAGCUCAAACAUCCUUAUUUGUUCACAACUUUCCUGCAUUUUCUUUAAAUAUAUUUAAAAAAAUAAUUAGAAAUAUGGUGAAAAAGUUGCAGAAAGGAUUACCUACAGAAACAUAAGUAAACUAUCACCAAAAAAUCCAAACAAUUAUCUUCCUAGUUAUUAAAUGACCUGAAACUAUUUAGAUUGUUUUCUAAUAUGAUCUAUCAAAUACUUUUUAUUCUGUUUCUUUCUGUUCUAACUAUGAGUGGAGCAGCUAAACCUGAGUAAAUCCUCAACAUAAUACAAAGUACAUGUAACAACUAUCAGUGCUGCCUCAUCUUUGACCACUAUGUAAUGUUAGAUAUCUAUAGUUAUUAUUAGACAUAACAGGAAUUUUUCAGGGUGCAUUAGAUUGAAAUGAAGAUAAACGUUUCUACUGUCCAGAGUCUAUUACGGCUAUAGCAAAUUUAAAUAAAUCAAUAAAAUUCACAAUGAAGGAAAUUCCAUCCCUGUAAUUUCCAAUAAAAUUUAUUAGUAAAUUGUUGUUCCCCAAGAAGUACUAUAUGUUCCUUUGAAUCAAGUAAGGCUUCUAAAUAAAUAUAUUUGGAAUCAGAUUGACUAGAUUCUGUGAGCUGGUUUUCUAUUAUCAGAUUCUCACAAGAAAUAUAAAUACUUAUGCUACAAAAGCUAUUGCAAGUCCAGGAUUUUUUAUUUCCACUUGGUUGCAAAUGCUCUGAAAAUAUUUUAACAUUAUAUCACAGAAUUUUUUAAGGAAAGUGUUCUUACAGAAUUAAAAGCAGUUAUUUUUCAUAUUAAAGAGAGAUUAAUUUAUUUUAAAUAUACCAGAUAAUUAACUUGUAUUUUUAGAUAAAAUAGCCACAUUGAAAUACAAAUAUGCUACAUAGAAUGUUAUUACAUAUUGACUGCAGUUUUCAACCCACAAAUGUACAUUGUUUUUCAUAUGUACAUGCCUUAAAAGCAUACAAAGUAACAGAAGGAUUGCAACCCAAUUUAUACAGUCAAAGUAUAUUUGACUUUAGUUCAAAGUCAAAUAUAGUUCAAAGCGAGUCCGUAGUAUGACUCUAAGUUAACCAAAGUGUUCCUAGAAUUAAUACUUUUGCUAGAUACUCAAAUUUAAUCGCCAAAAUGUACAUAACUAAUUACUGUAUACUAUACUGUAAAUACUGUAUACUGUAUACUGUAUACUAAUUAUUAUAAACUGUUCCUGCUCCAAGGUUAUUUACCACAAUGUGUUUGACUAAGAAUGUGUUUUUGCUUAACAAAAUAACAGAGUUGGAAGAUACCUUAGAGCAGUGGUCCCCAACCUUUUUAUCGCCGCGGCCCGCUGAGCGCGCGCAGGGGUGGGGACACGGCCCAGGAGCUUUUGCGCACGGCCCAUUGCGCACGGCCCAGGAGCUUUUGCGCACGGCCCAGGAGUCUUUGCGCUGCAGCGUUCAUGUCCCCCGGCCGCUGUGCGGCCCGGUGCCAGGUACUCCACGGCCCGGCACCGGUCCGCGGACCGGGGGUUGGGGACCACUGCCUUAGAGGUUUUCUAGUCCAACUCCCUGCUCCAGCAGGAAACUCUAUACUGUUUCAGACAAAUAGUUGUCCACUCUCUUCUUAAUCUCUCUUAAUUUCUUUUUACAUAUUCCUUAUAUUAUUAUAUUCCUUAUUUUUCUUAUAUUAUGUGCUAUUAUAACAAUUCCCAGGGCUUGUUAAGCUAAUUUUGAUUAUAUCUGACACAACCAUUACCUUAUAAUAUUGUCAAGCCAUGAUUUGUAGCUAAAGGACAAUUUAUUAUAGCUUGUAAAUUAAUCUAUUUUUUCCCCUUUGGAUCUAACAGAAAUGUGUGGAAAUUUUCCAUUAUGCUGCGUGAAACGCAGGGAAGUACAUAAGCAAUUUAAUAUUCAUACAUUGCAGUAUAUGGGUCUAAGAUCAUUGUUAAACCAGGCCAUUACACACACACACACACACACAUACACACACACCUGUCAUUACCCAAUAUUUUCAAUGAAACUAAUAUUAUUGCCAUAUAUUUUGAAUUGAGUAAAAGCCAUAUAAUAAAUAUAAAUUGUUUAUAUACUUUUAGAAAACUUCAAAUAUUUUCGAUUUCUAAAAAUAUAACUUUAUUUCUCAUUACAAUGCAUUAUAAUAUUCUAACAGCGCUUAAUGUAUGUGUGAUAUUCAAAACAAAAUUUCUAUGCAUAAUAUAAUCCUUAUAACUAACUUUGAAUUUUAAUUUUUCAUAGCUGUAAAUGAUUGGUUUGUUUCAUUCUGUGUUUAAACUGUGUCUUGAUUAGUGUUAUUCAACUCUUUUAAUUUUGAUUGUUAUUUGUUUACUGCAUCUAAAGAGUACAUUAGAGUUGAAUUUAUGUCAGAUAAAUUGUUUUGUGAUUCUACUGCAUUUUAUUAAAUAGUGUCUAUUUGAUUGUACCAGUAUAAAUUCUGAAAUGCGUGCCCAUUCUUGAACAAAUGUGUGAUGUUACAAUCAUAAUAAACUUCCUUUGUGAAACAGA